GCUAAUCCCCAGCACGGACUGGCAUCAAUGAUUUGACCAGGAUCUGUCGGGCCCUGACUGCUGGUGGUCUUUGCGUCCAGCAUGCGAUGCUGGUCGAUCGCAAUCAGUUUAGUUUAUUGCCGACGCUAGCGAUUCCAUUCGGUCUGGUUUGCUGCUUCGACACCUCGCAUGGAGGUGAAGAAACAGAAAAACUUCAGGUAGACUGUUCCUGGCGUCAUGCUUGGAAGCUGGAGAAACGACUUGCUGGCUACCGCACCAUGGCGAUUCAUCCACAAAGGACCCCAUGGAGGCAUCCUGCAUUGACUGAGACCCCCUCACAUCCUCCUCCGUACAUAGAUGUCUUGAGCUCUAUAUGCAACCCACCUUGCGAUCGACAAUUGCCCAGAUUGAACUGGGGAAUUGACUUCCACACUCCACGCUAAAGACAUUGCAGGGCAGUAAUAUGUACAAGCAAUACCUUCAUCUUCCACAUCCUCACUUGAGAUAGAUACCUACCUACCUAUCUAAGUAAAUAUGAG